AUGUCCAUGACACCAACUUAUCGUUAUUCACUAUCUUCUCCUCCUAUGCCUUUUGAUCUUACUAACAAUGAAGAUCACAAUCAUCAUCUCUUCAAUACAAAUAUUCAUCAACCCUCUUCUUCAUCUUCUUUUUCAUAUUCCACACUUUUCAACCAAAAUCAAGAUCAAGCACACUCUUAUUCUUCUGAACCAAAUCACAUACAAAGUGAUACAGAGGUUGCGAAGCUGGUUCCUUCUUGUGGAUCAGGAUCAUGUGAUCGUCAAGAAGAAAAGAAAGACAACGGGAAUGAAGAAUUUGAAGCCGAGGAUAGUGGUUCAACGAAGUGGAUGCCAUCAAAGAAGAGAAUAAUUAAGAGAAUGAUGGAAGAUCAAAGGGUUUCUGAGCACAAAUUUGAAAAAGAAAAAAUAUUAUCACGUGUAGAAACCUAUAAUAGUAGCAACAACAAUGGCUCAAACAACAGUAAUAUGAUUGUUAGGGUUUGUAGUGAUUGCCACACAACUAAGACCCCUCUAUGGAGAGGUGGACCAGCAGGCCCUAAGUCUCUCUGCAAUGCCUGCGGGAUUCGACAAAGAAAAGCGCGGCGCGCACUUGCAGCAGCUGCAUCUGCAGAUGAUGAGAUUCACGUGGCUUCUAAGAAACCUUAUGUGAAGGGAAAGAAGUUGCAAAUCAAAAGGAAAAGGUCAAAAACUGAUGAAUGUGCACCACCACAUUUGAAAAAGAAGGGUAAAAUCGGAAACAGUUGUACUAGUUUUGAAGAUUUGAUAACAAUUUUGAGUAACAACUUGGCUUCUCAUCAAGUUUUUCCUCAAGAUGAGAAAGAGGCUGCUAUUCUACUCAUGGCUUUGUCUUAUGGCUUACUUCAUGAAUUUGAAUCCUAA